UCUUCCCACAAUGCACUCCGCGAACAUCAGCGGGAAACCAAAAUGGCGAACGUGCUCGGGGAAAAUGAGCCGUUUGUUAUUUUCUGAGAAGGACGCAGCGUCAACACGUUCCAGCGGCCUGACUUCGGUGUGAUUGUUUUUUUAACAUCGAACAGAGCGAGAUUUUCCACAUAAACACGCAUAUAUAUAUAUUUACUUUGUUAUUCUCGGGGAGCUGUUGAAACGGAGGUUCCCGAAUGAGGGACUCCGGGGUUUUGGGUCACCUGUCCGUCCAUCAGAAAACUCCGCCCCCGCAGCAGCAGGGUGUCCCCUUGUCCCCAACAAGCCAAGCCAGGGUGGCGUAUGGGGAACAGGGCAGGUUCACUGAAGGCCAGGACGUCUUGGCCGGAUGGUCCGAUGGAUUGAUCUACUUGGGGACGAUCACAAAGAUAGAUCGGGAGAAGCAGCGAUGCUUUGUGGUGUUUGAGGAUCAAUCCAAAUCGUGGGUCUUGUGGAAGGACAUUCAAACAGGAGACGAAGAUGAGGACGAGGAUGAAGACGAUGACAUUGUCUGCUCCAUAUGUCUGGAAGAAACGUCAGAGGAACCCAAUGAAAUUGUCAUUUGUGACAAAUGUGGGCAAGGCUACCAUCAGCUGUGCCACGCCCCCAUCAUUGAUGCCGCGGUCAUCGACUCGGACGACAAGUGGCUCUGCUGCGACUGUGUUCUCACCGCUUUUCCAAAGCAGGAGGAGCCACAACACCUGGAGCUGUCUUUCCCGUACGCCCUGGAGGGACUGGAGUGGGAUGAAGACCACACAACCAACACACAACAGUGCUACUGCUACUGCGGCGGUCCAGGAAACUGGUACCUGAAGAUGCUGCAGUGCAGUCGAUGUGAGCAGUGGUUCCACGAAGCCUGCCUCCAUUGCUUACAAAUGCCUAUGCUCUAUGGAGACAGGUUUUAUGUUUUUGUUUGUUCUGUUUGCAACGGUGGAUCAGAGUAUCUCAGUCGACUACCUCUCCAAUGGGAGGAUGUGACACACCUGAGCCUGUACAACCUGACUAUGAUCCACAAGAAGAAGUACUUUGACUCUGAGAUGGACCUAAUGGCUUACAUCAACAACAACUGGGAGCUUCUGCAGCUUGGGGAGCUUUCCCGUACGCCAAGAUCAUUGCGCUUUGCUUGUGUACAGGAGGCAUUAAACAGCAACACAGCCAAGUUCAUGUCAGGAAAGGAGGUGAAGAAGAAGAAGCACUUGUAUGGGCUGAGGGUUCGAUUCCCUCCCGCUCCCCCGAGUGCUGAGCAAGCAGGCAGCAGACUGCUGAAGCGUUCCCACCGGGAGAUGCCGGUCCAUCCCAACAAAGCCCCAUCUGCUUUGACUGCUUUAACCAACGGGGCGCAGAAGAAGUCCAAAAAGAAGUCGAAGAAGCAAGCGACUCGGUCUCUGGAGAGGCAGGCCAAACGCAGACGCUCCUGUGAACUCUUGUCCCGGGAGCUGAAAAAGCCCCUCCCACUAGAAUCCCACUCAUUGGCUUGCUUUACUUCCAUCAAGAGUGAGAGAUCUUUACCGUCAUCUCAAGCCUCAGAUGUGGAGUCUAUCGGAGCCCUGAGCACCACAGAAACUACCUCAACGAGCCUUUCAAGGCAGUCCAGAACUUCUAUCAAACACCCAUCCAGCCUCUGUAGCUCAAGCAAGACCCGGUCGACAACCUCCACCUUGCCCCUUUCCCCUCCACCUAUCAAAAGAAAACGGGGGCGUCCCCGACGGGCCUUGCAGCCCCCCAACGCAGCCAUGCUCUCCCCCAGCCCAGUAGACCCAAACCCUGCGUCUACGGAGAUGCCGAGCCCGCUCCCAGGGCUGCACUCCACGGACAUAGUUCACGGCAUGGACCCCAACAGUCAGCUGUCCCACCUCAAGAGCUCCAUCAGCUCCUACUUCGGAACGGCGGGACGGCUGGCUUGCGGGGAGAAGUACAAAGUCCUGGCUCGACGGGUCACCUUGGACGGCAAGGUGCAGUACCUGGUGGAGUGGGAGGGCGUCACCGCCUCCUAGAGGUAAUGAACACGUAUCUUGUUUAGUUUAGAUCCGAGUGCUAUUAAGCUUUCUGCAAAGCCUACUGGUUCAGUGCAGUCCACUGUGAAUAUAUUAACACAACUGAACUCAUCUUUUCCUCAGUCCUUUAAAGUUUAUUGCUAAAAACAAGGCUUCGGCAUUCAAUUAUUUGUAUCUAUUUGGCUUUUGCCGUUCUUUUAUGUUGUGUUCACAACAAACCCUGAAUUAUGCAUAAAUUGUUCGAUGCACUGCACUUGUAGGCUUUCAGUGAACCUUUUAUGUUGAAUUAUUUUAAACCCAGUGAUACUCUUGUCAAUCGCAAAGGAGCCGAGUAUUAACGGGCGCGUGUUUAGGUUGAGGAAGGGAGGGAUGUUGUUUUGCCAGGAACCUAUGCCUCCACGUGGGUAUUUUGUGUACAGUAUUUGUUAUAACAUCCCUCCUUUACAUAAACUUCCCAGCUGUGAGUACUUCUUACUGUAUUUGGCAUAUGUAUUAAGUUCAGUUUUGGAAAGCACGCUUAUGUGUGUGCUGUUCAAGAGGCACUUAAACAUGCUGCUGCAAACUUGUGUUGUUUUAUAUAGAACUAUAUACAUUUAUUUUUACAAUUUCCACUUUUCCUCUAUGUCUGCAAAUCAGCUCGGUGGACGUCUUUUUUCUAAUCUCACAGUAACUAUGCUCAAAUUAUAGCAGCGUUGAUUAAAAGUUACUUUGUGCUGGUCCUAACAUCAAAAUGUGUAAAAAAAAAAAUGCUUAUUUUUUGAGCUUUGAUAACAACACACAAUAUAAAGCAAUGCGAUUACACUCUAUUGACCCUUUUGAGUUUUUAUGUUUUUUUUGUACCUAAAUCCAAAAAGAAGUGCUGCAUAAGAAAUAAUGUGUCACAUAGAUUUCCCAUUUUGCAGCUAACUGGCUUGUUUGAGUUAAUCCUGUGUGUUUGUUAAAAUUGGACUGUAACCAUGAAAUGUGUUAUUGUGAUGAUUUGGACUCUGGUGAUCAAGCAGCCUUUUUGGGGGCACACAAGUCCUUUUUAAUUUGAACUGUAUUGUUUGUGUCUGGCUAAUAAGGGCCACUGCAGCCAAAGAACGGGGGUUAACCUGCUUGGCGACGAUUAAUAUUAGUCCGCUUAAUGUACCAUGACACAUGUUAAAGUGUUAUUCCUGAAAACAAUAAAUCGCCAUUUGUGAUAUA